UUAUUCAUAUAUUUCACAAUUUCCUUCAAUCCUUUCAUUUAUACUUCCUGGAUUGGAGAGUGACUAUCCUGUUACCGGUAAUUUAAAGCAAUAUUAUUUUUAUGGUUAUUUUGAUUCUCUAGUAAUUUACACGUAAAAGACAUAUAAAACAAUAUACAGUCUUUGUAGAGUAGUAACGAUUUUUAUGAUGGCUAUGAAAAAGACACUGGUACUUGCAGUUUUGUUUGUUUGUUUAUCAUUGGUUAAUGGUUUGAAUGAAGAGGCUGUCAAUGAAAAUGAUAUUAAACAAUAUACAGAUUGUGGUGCAGCCAGAAAACUUGGAGGUUACAUGAAGAGUGGUGUAUACAAACUAUGGAUGAAUACAACAAAAACUUACUUCAAGAUAAUCUGUGAACAUACACCAAACAACUCCUUCAAUGUAAUUCAACGCAGGAUUGAUGGUCGAGAAAACUUCAACAGAUUGUGGCAUGAUUAUGUAAAUGGUUUUGGUACUUCUCAGGGAGAUUACUGGGCUGGUCUUAAUUCAAUUUAUUACUUGACAAAUCAUCAAGGUAACAGCAUUUUGACAGUAAACUUACAAGAUUGGGCAGGAAUUAACAAAAAUGCUCGCUACAACUACUUCAAACUGAUGGAUUCUACACACUACAAGCUAUCAAUCGGUGGCUACAGUGGUGAUACAGGAGACUCAAUGUCACAAAACAACAACAUGCUGUUCGCCACACCAGACAAAUUAGACACCCACAGAUGUGCCGCAGGCUACCAGGGAGGAUGGUGGUUCAAUUACUGUACCUACGCAUUUCUGAAUGGGAAGUAUUAUUAUGGUGGACCCUACACACCUAGUGGACAGUACUAUGAUGGUAUUUACUGGUACAGUUGGGGAGGAUAUGGAUAUUCUAUGAAGUUUGCACAAAUGAUGGUGUCAAAUUCAUAAACUAUGCAAAUCAUGAUGAUUUCUUUUACAAUAUAUUCACAUAUGCAAACAAAUAAACAAAAGCAAAAUUCAACAUAAAAGAAACAGCUAUCAAUUUUGUUCAUUUAUGCAUUUCAUUUAAAUUUACUUAUAUAUAUAUAUAUAAUUAGUUUUCAGAGAUGCACAUUUUUGUACAGAAUCUCCAAUUGUAAAGGAACAGUUCCUGUCAUGAUCAAUGUAAAAUAAUUCAGAUUCAGCAUAACAAGUUUUCAAAACUGUUAUUGUUUAUGUAUAUCUAAUCUGAGUUGUUCUUUUUAAUGCUGAUUUAAAUAUAUUUUAAGUGUACCAUAUUUCAUAUAAUACUUUUACAAAGGAGAUAAUUCAGUAAUAUCUAAAAGCAAAUCAUUGAAAAUGUAUUAGUCUUCAAACUUCUAUGUGCCAACUAACAGAGGGUAACUGUUAUUCAUGCAACUGAACAUAAAAUACAAAAUUUGUUGAUUAAUUCUUUUUUACAUGCAUUUAGUGAAUUUUUCAUAUUUAGUUCAUUAGUUAUUUUAUUUUUUUCAGUUUUAAAAUCAAUAAAUUUUUAUUACGCUU